GCGUCAUGUGAUCAGUUGCGGCGGAUCAUGUGAUCUGGAACCGGAAUCGCUUGAGUUUAGGAUGGAGGCGGUUUUGGAGCAGCAGCUGCGGGAAACGAUGAAGAAUCCGGCAAUUAUAGGAGUCCUCUGUGCUGAUGAACAAGGCCUUAACUUGGGCUGUCGUGGGUCGCUAAUUGAUGAACAUGCGGGUGUAGUUUCCGUCCUCGCACAACAAGCGGCAAAACUGACGACAGACCCAACGGAUGUACCUGUGAUUUGCCUGGAGUCAGAUAACGGGAAUAUCAUGAUACGGAAACAUGGAAGCAUCACUGUGGCUGUGCACAAGGUGACGGUGUGAGCCAGGCCAAAGUAGUGGAAUCGGAUCACUUGAAGCAGUCAGCUUUGUUGGCAUGGUCUGUGCUGUGGGAUGUUUAACUUCUUGUUUUAAGCCUUCAAAAGGCAGCGUCUGACCUGGACUCGUUUAUGGAUGUUAAGUCGUUGACACUCUGGCAUGGAGGGCAUGGGGGUGUGGUGAAAAGAGAAAUUUUUUGAGAUAAUUAAGUUCGGGAUUAAAUGCAAACUCAGCAAAAAUGUCCACAAUUUUCAUUAUUCCUUCACUCAGUCCUGAAUUGGGAGGAGGUGAUAUUUCUUUUGGAGCCCUUGUAUGCUUUGUAUUAAUUGCAUCAAGCCAGCAUUUCUUUUAGACCCCAUCCAGAACCUCUUCCUAAUCUUGGUUUGGACAAGUAACUAUGAGUGAAAUGGAGUUGAUGGAACCUUUGCACAGAGGGUGGGUUGUAUUUAAUAGGCAGAUUUGGAGUUUAAAAGGAAGUUCCUCGCUGAUGAUGAAUGAACACUGAGCCUCGACCUCCAGACUUGCUAACAACAGGAUCCCAAACACUGGGCCUCGACCUCCAGACUUGCUAACAACAGGAUCCCAAACACUGGGCCUCGACCUCCAGACUUGCUAACAACAGGAUCCCAAACACUGGGCCUCGACCUCCAGACUUGCUAACAACAGGAUCCCAAACACUGGGCCUCGACCUCCAGACUUGCUAACAACAGGAUCCCAAACACUGGGCCUCGACCUCCAGACUUGCUAACAACAGGAUCCCAAACACUGGGCCUCGACCUCCAGACUUGCUAACAA